UACACAAGAGUUUCUGUGAAAAGCCAAGGAUUUCAAAAAAGAUUUAUCUUUUUAGGGUUAGUUUAACACAUACAUCUUCAGUGUCUGACUAUUUAUAGACUCGGAUCAGAGUUAGCAAAUAUGGGAUUUCCAGGACGCGGCGGAAAAGGAGGUUUCGGUGGGGGCGGAGGCGGUUUCCGUGGCGGUCGAGGUGGCGGUCGAGGUGGUGGUGAUCGCGGCGGUAGCCGUGGAGGCUUUCGUGGAGGUCGUGGUGGCGGCGACCGCGGAGGCUUCAGAGGAGGUCGUGGUGGGGGUGGCGGAGAUCGUGGGGGUUUUAAAAAUAGUGGCUUCCGGGGCGGAAGAGGUGGAGGAGGUCGCGGUGGAGGCGGUCGUGGUGGAGGCCGUGGAGGUCGUGGAGGAGGAGCAGGAGGUUUCAAGGGGGGCAAAAAAGUCAUCAUCGAGCCUCAUCGCCACCCCGGUGUAUUUAUUGGUCGCGGUAAAGAAGAUGUACUUGUUACGAAGAAUCUUGUGCCAGGUGAAUCGGUCUACAACGAGAAACGCAUUUCGGUCGAAGAUGGCGAUGAGAAAGUCGAGUAUCGCGUGUGGAAUCCUUUUCGUUCUAAGCUGGCUGCCGCGAUUUUGGGUGGCGUUGACCAAAUCCACAUGCCGCCAGGAUCGAAGGUUCUGUAUCUGGGAGCUGCCUCAGGUACGACAGUAUCGCAUGUUGCUGAUGUUGUAGGGUCUGAAGGUCUCGUUUAUGCCGUCGAGUUCUCACACCGUUCAGGACGUGAUCUAAUAGGUGUGGCUCAAAAGCGUACCAACGUUAUACCCAUUAUUGAGGAUGCCCGCCACCCACACAAAUACAGGAUGCUUGUCGGCAUGGUUGACUGUAUCUUCGCUGACGUUGCCCAGCCGGACCAGGCUCGUAUUGUUGCCAUUAAUGCGCAUAACUUCCUAAAAAACGGUGGACACUUUGUGAUCUCAAUCAAGGCGAACUGUAUCGACUCCACAGCCGAACCGGAAGCAGUGUUUGCCGGCGAAGUUGAAAAGUUGAAAUCGGAGAAAUUCAAGCCUCAGGAACAGAUUACCCUUGAACCGUAUGAGCGGGAUCAUGCGGUGGUCGUUGGCGUAUAUCGGCCAGCAGGCAAAAGUUAGGCGGACAUAGUUACUUACGAAGCAAUUUAGCCAAAAAGUAUUGGCGCACUCCCUUGUAUAUUACACUCCUUUAGGGGAGGGGAGGAAAUAUCUAAUACAUACUCUAUGAUGUUAAAUUUAUAUAUAAAUUUAACAUCAUAGGAAUAUAUAUAUUUCUAUGUAGCAUAUUUUGAUUGUAUUUUUUCAAUGAAUAAUUUGAUUUACAUCAACAGUAAGCCGAUGUCUUACUGAAAUAUUAGCCGACUUGAUAUACUUUUCAGCGUACGACUAAGUACAAUGUCAAACUUACAAUUUGUAACGUACUCGCCAUGUGGUGGGUUGGUUGGCAUCAAGCUUUUGACUUGUGUAGCUCUGCAGGAUUCAAUGACUCUGCUUGCUAUCAGAAAGAAUAAAUUCUUGGCGUUACGUCUAGGA